AUGAUUUAAUUACAUAUCUUGACAUUCCUAAAUAUCCAUUUCUCUUUUCUGCCGUUGGGAAUUAUACGUAAAUAUUCAAUUAAAAUACCCUAGAGAUAAUACCACAGGAUGGGGAAUGGUUUCAUUCUAAAUUACCUCAGGAUAUUGUGCUUAAUAUUGUUAAUUAUGUGAAGUAUCAUUCAAAUGUAAGACUUGUAUCUCUGGAUAUUUUUAUUAUCGAAGUGGUAGCUGCAUUAGUGGUUGCUCAGGCCCGUAUUAAAAUUUAAAUGGUUCUUAUUGUUAAGAUUAUGAUGAUGAAACUCCAUGUAACAUAUAUAUAUAUAUUUAGACUCUUAAUAUUUAAUUUAAGAAUAUACAAAUAAAGCCACAGAUCCUGAAUAAUAUUCAUAAUAUACUUUGA